AUGGUAACAAGACAGGACUGGGAGGUGGUGGCUGGGCAGGUGGGUGGAAGAAGCAAGAGUCAUGACAGGAAGGUCCGCUGUAUGUACGCUGCUCAUACACAGAGCGUUGUCGGGGAGCAGUGUUUGCCCACAGCUCAGGGGGCCGAUGACACUCUGGAGAACCCGGCACUGGAUACAAGUCUGCUGGAGGAAUUCCUGGGCAAUGAUUUCGAUCUGGGGGCCUUGCAGCCGCAGCUCCCGGACACGCCGCCCUACUCGGCGUCAGACUCCAGCUCUCCUCCCGACGCCAAAGGUGCGUGCUGCGCCCCCGCGACGCCCUCGGGCCGGAGGAGCCCCGCCGCGGCCCCGCCUGCGCCGCCCCCCGCGCACCUGCCGCUGAGCGGCUCCGGCCCCCUGCGCCGCGGCCUCCUCACCUGCCUCGCGGACACCUGUCGGCGCCCGGCCCCGCCCGCCCGCGGCGUGUGCGCGCACCUGGGGAUCGGCCCCGCCCGCCAGCAGCAGCGCCCCCGCCAGCCGCCCCGGUACUUAGUGAGCACGACGCUCCCAGCGGCCCCAGCCCUCCGGGCCCCCCAGCCCUCGCGGUCCCCCCCCCCGCAGCCCUCGCGGUCCCCCCCCAGCAGCCCUCGCGGUCCCUCCCCCGCAGCCCUCGCGGUCCCCCCCCAGCAGCCCUCGCAGUCCCCCCCUCGCAGCCCUCGCGGUCCCCCCCCCCAGCAGCCCUCGCGGUCCCCCCCCCGCAGCCCUCCCGGGCCCCGCUACCCCCCCAGCCCUCUCCGACCCCCGCAGCCCUCCUGGCCCCCCCGCAGCCCGCAGCCCUCGCGGUGCCCCCGCCGGCCCCGCCCGCUCGGAAGCGCGAGCCCUGGCGGCCUCUCCAGCAGAACCUCGUUUCCACCAACCAAGAAGAGAAAGUGCACAGAGGUGCUGGAGGACCCCGGGGACUGCCAGGUGUGGGCCCAGCACCAGGACCCCGGGGACUGCCAGGUAUGCAGGCCCCUGACAAGUAGGAGUCACAGCAGUGAAGUGCAAGACUACGACAGUGAGGGGCUGAACGUGGUGCCUGUGGACCAGUGUUCUCCUACUCUGAAGUGGCAACCAUACCAAAGUGUUCCUUGGCACAGUUUAUUAAAUGGUCAUUAUGAAAAACUACCUGAUUUAGGCUAUCGAGUUGUCACAGACAAAGGAUUUAAUUUUUCGCCAGCAGAUGAAGCUUUUGUUUGCCAAAAGAAGAACCAUUUUCAGAUAACCAUCCACAUCCAAGUUUGGGGAAGUCCAAAAUUUGUCAAAACUCAAAUGGGCCUAAAGCCAAUAGAAAUGUUUUACCUGAAAGCUUUUGGGGUUAAGGUAGAAGCCACCAAUCAAAUAAUUGCUAUUGAACAAUCGCAAGCAGAUAGAAGCAAGAAGACUUUCAAUCCUGUUAAAAUCGACCUGCCGGCCGACCAGGUCACCAAAGUUACACUGGGCCGGUUGCACUUCAGCGAGACUACGGCAAAUAACAUGAGGAAGAAGGGAAAGCCAAAUCCUGACCAGAGAUACUUCAUGUUGGUGGUCGGACUGUAUGCUGCGAACGGAGACCAGUUCUAUCUAUUGUCUGCCCACGUCUCUGAACGGAUCAUUGUGAGGGCCUCUAACCCUGGUCAGUUUGAAAAUGACAGUGAUGCACUAUGGCAGCGAGGACAAGUUCCCGAAUCUGCUGUUUGUCAUAGUCGGGUGGGAAUAAAUACAGAUGCACCGGAUGAAGCCCUGGUUGUCUGCGGCAACGUGAAAGUGAUGGGGACCAUUAUGCAUCCCUCGGACAGCCGGGCAAAGCAGAACAUCCAGGAGGUCGACACAAAUGAACAGUUAAGACGAAUAGCCCAAAUGAGGAUCGUCGAAUAUGACUACAGACCAGAAUUCGCAUCUUUGAUGGGAAUAAACACAGCCCAUCAAACAGGAAUGAUCGCCCAGGAGGUGCAAGAGAUCCUGCCUAGAGCCGUAAGAGAGGUUGGUGAUGUCACCUGUGAAAAUGGAGAGACGCUGCAGAACUUCCUCAUGGUUGAUAAGGACCAGAUCUUUAUGGAAAAUGUGGGUGCAGUGAAGCAGCUCUGCAAACUAACCAACAACCUUGAAGAAAGGAUUGAAGAGUUAGAAAUAUGGAACAGAAAGCUGGCCAGGCUAAAGCGACUCAGUAGUUGCAAGUCAUCAGCCAGCGAAGCAAGCUCAAUCAGCAAAUUUAGCAGAGCGGUUAGUGCCUCCUCUCAGAGAAGGGCUGUCCCCAAAAAAACCAACAAGGUUUGUUUUUCAGGAAAAAAACGGCUGUGUCCUAACUGGGUUUUCCAGACCUUGGUUAUAACUCUCAUCGCUGUGAUGGCAUUUUGCGCCCUGACGAUAGUCUCCCUUUACAUACUUAGCUUAAAAGAUCAAAACCGACGUGCCCCAAACCUCCCCCUGAGCAACAGCACCAGCUCUUGGGAGCCGGCCCCACCGCCCACAGCCUCCCCCUCAGCACCUCCUCCAGCCCUGGUGACCACACAGGCCUCCCUCCAAGUCCCAGAAAUCACUUUCUGUGAGGUCCUGCCCUGUCGGGAGACCUACUGCUGCCCCAUCUGGGGAAAGAGAAGAGUCCCCUCAAGUCCCGUGCGGAGGUGGUCCCAGGAGGAGGACACCCAUCGGGGGCCGUGGGCAGAAGACAGAAGCUUGUCCUUCCUGGCAGGAGAUGUGCUAACCAGCCCUGACUGGGGGAGUGACUGGAUUGAUACAACCAUUAGUUCUAUUCAGAUUGUGGAGAUCCAGCAAGUAAUAGAUCAUCGGUAUUGUGGUGGAGGCUUCCAGUGCAGCCCUGGGAAUUACAGUUACAAUAUUCCUGUUAAUAAGCACACACCUACCAAUGUCAAAUUCUCUCUGGAAAUCAACACAACAGAGCCACUGAUAGUCUUCCAGUGCAAGUUCACCCUUGGAAAUCUAUGUUUCCAUGGUCAGAGGGGAGCCAGAGGGACACAGAGCCGCCAAGAGGUCUCCCAGGAGAUGACACAGGGCUAUCAGCACAUUUGGAGCCUCCCCGUAGCCCCAUUCUUUGAUAGCAUGUACCAUUUCCGUGUAGCUGCACCGGAUUUAGCUGACUGUUCCACGGAUCCUUAUUUUGCUGGGAUAUUCUUUACAGAUUACUUCUUUUACUUCUACCGGCACUGUGUCUAAUUUAUUCAAGUUUGGUUGAGGACUUCACCAAAGGAAAAUACUCAGAAAUACAGGCAACAGAGGCAUCACCUCUUGCAAUUUCUUUCUUCUCUUUGUAAAAUAUUCACGUUUCUUGCCAUAGGACUUUUUCAGGCUUCGGCUCCCAGCAGUUUUGAGCCAUUAAUGAGGAGAAUAAAGUGU